AUGGGCAAGAGAUCUCAAAACGAAGCAGCCACGCCCGAGACGUCCCAUGUCGAGGAGUCUGUGCUGCUGAACGGCGCUCCCAACCACUCCAGCGACGAAGACAUCGACGAAGACUCAGAACUGAACGAUGAGGCAGAAAACGGCGCCGCUGUAGCCGCCGAGCAGACCGCCACCAAAACCACACACAACGGGCCUCCCACAAAGAAACAGCGGAAACAAAUCACCGCUCAGGAGGUGCAGUUGGCGCGCGAAACCGCGGAGUUGUUCAAGUCCAACAUCUUCAAGCUCCAGAUCGAUGAGCUUGUCAGCGAGGUGAAAAUCAAGGACUCCUACAUUGUGCGUGCCGAGAAGGUGCUCCACAGACUCUACGACUGCAUUCUGCUGGUGCCGCCCGUGGAAAACUUGACGCUUAGGGAGGCGGAACAGAUCAUCAAGGCCAAGAGAGUCGCCAUUCCAUUCCCAGACCCUAAGCCCUCGAACCCAAACUACCGGUUCUCGUUCUUGCAGCCCGAGGAUGUGUCGCUAGUUGGCUCUUUCGGCUUGAAAACUGGCAUUGCACAGGCAAACGGCAUGGCCAUCGACAUUGCCCUUACGAUGCCCAAGGAAUUGUUCCAGCCCAAGGACUACUUAAACUACAGAGCUUUGUACAAAAGAAGCUUUUAUCUUGCAUACUUGGCUGAUCAGUUGAUUCCGAUCACCAAGAAGAGUAAUCUCCCCGUGAAGAUCUCGUAUUUAUAUCUCAAUGACGAUGUGUUGUGUCCUGUGCUUCGACUCGAGAGUAUCAAAACCGACAACGAAGAGGACUUGUCGUUCCACAAAACCAAGUUUACCAUUAAUAUUCUUGUGGCUCUUCCAUUCGGUGUCUUUGAGGCCAAGAAGCUUCUCCCAGAUAAGAACUGUGUUCGUGUUCAGAGUGAUGCCGAAGAACUACCCCCUACACCAUACUACAACUCGUCGCUCAUGUCUCUUACGACGUACGACUACUACCUCAAAUUCUUGUAUGCAAACAAGAAAUCAACUGAGGCAUUCAAAGAUGCUUGCACUUUGGGAAGAUUGUGGUUACAACAAAGAGGAUUUGGCUCUUCCAUCUCCAAGGGAGGUUUCGGCCACUUCGAAUUCGCCAUUUUACUUAGUGCUCUUUUAUCGGGAGGCGGUAACAACGGAAACAAAAUCCUUUUGCAUGGUUUCUCCUCAUAUCAAUUGUUCAAGGGUGUCAUCAAAUACUUGGCAACAAUGGACCUCACACAGGGAUACCUUUCUUUCACUAGUCAGUUUGGUGAAACCUCUGCUUGCGUGUACAACGCGCAAGGCUUCAACACUCCUACAAUCUUUGACAAGAGCGUCAAAUUGAACCUACUAUGGAAAAUGACAAAGGCCACUUACCAGGAGUUGCGCCUCAAUGCCAUCAAUACCCUCACACUACUAAACGAUGUUGUGUUUGACAGAUUUGAUUCAAUUCUUCUCCAAAAUGUAGGCUCAGUGGAGGCCAUGAAGUACGAUGUCUCGUACACUAUCGAAACACCAGAUGAAUUGAGCGACAGUUACGGAGCUCUCGAGAAAAUCACUUUUAUCACAUAUGAUAACUACAUCAAGAACAAAUUGUUCUCCAUUUUGAAGAACGCAUUGGGUGAGAGAACUACAUGUAUCAUGAUCAAGAAUAAGAAGGUUGCCAGUUCUUUCCCACUCAACAAAAGAAACAACACACACCAGCACAGCAAGAGCUAUGUGAUCGGCAUCCAAUUGAAUCCUGAUGAGUGUGACAAGCUUGUCACCAAGGGACCCAACGAUACUGAAGACGAACAAGCCGCAAAAUUCAGGGCUUUCUGGGGCUCUAAAACAUCCUUGAGAAAAUUCAAGGACGGUACUAUCCAGCAUUGUGUGGUCUGGACCACCGAACCUCUUCAGCCAGUGAUCACGCAAAUCGUUAACUACGCAUUGAGCGUUCACUUCCAUCCGUUGAUCUCGAAGUACUUGACCAGCCAUUCAUCGGUGUUCAAUGCAUUACUCCCUACCCCCCUGUUCAACUCAUCGCUCCCUACCACUUCUACGACUAAUUUCACUCUUUUAAAGAACUCCUUUGACACUUUGUCGAAGAUUAUGUACACUCUUCAAUUGCCUUUGGGUAUCAAAUCACUUUUGCCCGCUUCUUCCGGAGUCCGCAAAACAUCUAUUUUGCAACCUGUUGCCUUUGCUGUCAGUAACCCUGACUUUUGGAACGACGUAAUUGUCCAGUUUGAGAGCUCUUCCAGAUGGCCCGACGAAAUCAAGGCCUUGGAAAAGACCAAAACUGCCUUUUUGCUUAGAAUCAGUGAGGUUAUGAGCAACGAGACCAACUACACCUCAUUUUUGACAAAGGAUGACACUAUUCCCUUCAACGAGGACGUGUCACUUUUGAACAUUUUAACCCCAGACGGUUUUGGAUUCCGCUUGCGGGUUCUUACCGAAAGAGACGAAAUCAUCUACUUGAGAGCAGUCGCCAAUGCUGGAACUGACAAACAAUUUGUCCAAGAGGCAUACUUCAAGUUCAACCAGAGAUACAUUGGAUCAGUCAAGCAUACUCGUACAAUUGGUAUCCUCUCCACAAGCUUCCCAUACUAUUCUCCUACAGUGAGACUAUUCAAGAAGUGGCUAGACGCUCAUGGCCUCUUGUGUCAUUUCACAGACGAGUUGGUGGAGCUCAUCGCUUUGAAGCCAUUCCUUGAUCCUGCCGCAUACACUGUUCCAAACUCCGUGGAGAAGGGAUUCUUGCAAGUUCUCAACUUCAUUGCUUCUUGGAAUUGGAAGGAUGAUGCUUUGAUUUUGGAUAUGGUUAAAAGAAUCGACGGAGAGGUGGAUGAGCUCGACAACAAGUUGAGUGACAAGUUGAGUGUUCAAGCCUAUCAGCUCAUCCAAGAAAACUUCGACAAAAUCAGAAAGAGUGAUCCUGUUGGAGUCAAAACUCAAUUCUUCGUUGGAAGCAGGGAUGAUCCAUCUGGUAUUUUGUGGUCUAACAAGCUCACCCUCCCAAUCGCCAGUAGAUUGACAGGAUUGGCCCGUGUUGUGAUCCACCAUGUCAAGGAAAACGAGAUCAGCAAAUCUGGCCUUGACUUGUUCUUCACACCAGCAUUGAACGACUUUGACCUUGUUAUCAAGAUGAAAAAGAACGAUUUGUUGAAAUCAUCCGGUGUUCAGAAGGCUGACCAGCUCAAGAACCUCAAUCCGCACCAGACCUCGUUCCCAUCUGACCUCACUACCAAGUAUGAUUUGACCAAGCCAUUCGUGGACCUCAUUUCCAAGUGGUUCGGUAACGAGAUCAUUUUUUCCACGCGCUUGUGCCCCGCUGCAUUUGGUGAGAAGACCAACUAUGUCAGUGGAGUGUUUGUUCCAACUGCCAUUUCCAAGAAGAAAUUCCGGGUGACACUUGGUUUAGACGUCAAGCCAACGGGCGAAAAUGAUGAGGUUGUGGUCGACAAACAGGACAUUCUUGAUCAGAUUAAGAAUUUGGGAGGGGACUUGAUAGAGUCGAUCAGCUUUGGGAAAUAG